AUGGCUCUUGUUUUGUACUGUUUCUUGCCAUUUCUGCUCUCUCAGGAUACACAUGCAGCUCAGCGUUUCUGUCUGCCAGGAUGCACCUGCUCAGAGGAGAGUUUUGGCAGGAGUCUUCGGUGCACAUCUAUGUCUUUAGGAAAGAUGCCAGAUAACUUUCCCGAAGAACUCAAGCAUAUGAGAAUUGAAAACUCACCAUUAUUUGAACUUUCCCAGGGGUUUUUCACCAACAUGAGCACUUUGGAAUACCUUUGGCUCAACUUUAACAAUGUUACUGUGAUCCACCCAGGCGCCCUGGAGGACCUGCCAGAGCUGAGAGAGCUGAGACUGGAGGGAAACAAACUCCGUUCAGUACCAUGGACAGCGUUCCGCACCACCCCUCUCCUGCGCGUCUUGGAUCUCAAACACAACAGGAUUGACUCGCUCCCUACACUGGCUUUUCAGUUCCUAGCCAACCUGACAUACCUUGACAUAUCCUCCAAUAGGCUGACAGUUAUAUCCAAAGGUGUCUUCUUGAACUGGCCGGUCUAUCAGAAACAGCAGCAGCAGGGCUGUGGAGCUGAAAUUCUCUCCAACGUGGUGUUGUCACUGCACAAUAAUCCCUGGGUAUGUGACUGCCGCUUAAGGGGGCUUGUUCAGUUUGUCAAAUCCAUUGGUCCUCCAUUCAUCCUGGUGAAUUCUUACCUGAUAUGUCAGGGUCCUGUCUCUAAGGCAGGACGGCUUUUACAUGAGACUGAGCUUGGUGUUUGUAUGAAGCCAAAUAUCUCAACCCCUAGUGCCAAUGUCACUAUCCAGAUAGGAAAGAAUGUGACCCUUCAAUGCUUGGCACAAGCCAGUCCCUCACCAACCAUUGUGUGGAAGUAUCCCCUGAGCACAUGGAGAGAAUUUGAUGUGUUGGCCUCACCAAUUGCAGAAGAUGUCAUUCUGUCCCAGCUUGUCAUCCCAGCUGCUCACCUGGUAGAUAGUGGCAAUUAUACUUGUAUGGCCUUCAACUCCAUUGGCAGAAGCUCUCUUGUCAUCUCACUGUACAUCCAACCUUCCCAGGCCAUGCCUGGAUUGCACUCUCUUUCUGUCUCCUCGGACAGCAGUCUCUAUAUUGACCUACGGGUGGUCAAGCAGACGGUGCAUGGCAUCUUGCUGGAGUGGCUCACAGUGACCAACCUCCCCGAGGAACAGUGGUUCACCCUCUACAUUGCAUCCGAUGAAUCUCUCAGGAAGAAGGUGGUCCAUAUAGGCCCUGGAAUCAACACAUAUGCUGUGGAUGACCUCCUCCCUGCUACAAAAUAUAAAGCAUGCCUCAGCCUAAGGAGUCAGCCUCCAAGCCAGGGCCAGUGUGUGGUCUUUGUGACAGGCAAAGUUAGUGGUGGGCUGGAGGGUCGUGAACGCCUCUUGCAUGUCACUGUGGUCUUGUGUGCAGUGCUCCUGGCACUGCCUGUGGGUGCAUAUGUCUGGGCAGCCCAGGGUCCAUACAACUGCAGGGAGUGGUAUUCAUCCUGUAGCCCUUUGCACAGGAAGACCCUAAGAUGCCCCCAAGCAGUACCACAGUACAAGGAUAGCUCUUUCAAAGACCCUCCAGUUGUCUUUGAGGAUGGUGAGAGUCACAGAGUCAUGGAGGAGAAUGAGGAGAUAGAAAAGGACCAUAACAGUUAA